AAGAACCACAUCGUUGAUCCUUUGAAAAAACUUUGCAAUUCAUCAUCCAACGAAUCACCAAAAUCAAAACGGGCAAUGAGUUUUAAGAAUGUGUCAAAAGCUCUAAAAAUUUUAGUCGUUGGAGCGAUUGGUUACCAAUUAUAUAGCCAAUCCAAAAAGAUCGAAACCCUUGUUGAAUUGCAAAAAUACGACAACAAAAUCCAUCAUGAAAUUGUGGAAAAAUUAAAAAACAUUCGACAAGAAUUCAAUCGAAUGGAGAAUGAGAUGCAUGUAAAUAAAAUUUUGUCAAUUCUUCAUUCAAGAUUUCAACAAGAUGAAUUCUUGAUUAAUCAAUUAUUUACUCAAACUAAAAACACAAUUAUCCCCCCGUCAUUCCACAUGCUAUUUAGAAAUCUUUCUCUUUGUCCUAACUGUCCAACAAAUGAUUGGCAUCUGGAAUCUUGUAAAUACACUGCAAAACCAUUUGUGACAGCCCCUACCCUUACUUUAUUUAUUAAUGCACUUGAAAUCGACCUCAAAUAUCAAAUUUUAGAGGCCGAUCCAUUCACCAUAUUAGCCCCAGACCCAAUAAAUCCCGAAAAUUUAUGUUUUUCUGAAUUUUCUGGCUACAUGCAUUCCAUACUCAAUCUGGAAACGAAAUGUGUAAAAAAUAUUGCUUUUAAUCCGGUAGACGAUCAUCAAAUUCCAAUUAUAUUCCAUUCCGAAGGUUGCGAAGAUGAUCUUCAUUCCAGACCAAUCUGGAAAACAAAACGAUGCAUACCAAAACGUUCUAUCACACCGGAAAUGGCUGUCCAAAUUAAGCACGAUGAACAAUUCGUGUAUGUUUAUUGUUAUACUCAAAAUAUAACAAUACUUGGCUUUGAACAGCCAUGUAAAAAUUUGAUCUACCAAUUUGAAAAAGGUCAGAACUUAACCAUUAAUAAAGUAGCCACAAAGUUCAAAAAAAUGAAAAUUUACACAUCCCAAUCCUUA